GAUGUUCUUCUACCUCGCUCCUCUCGACUCUUAGUCUUUCUAGAUUGAUUACUCAGAAAACCACAAUGACGAGGAAGCCUUGUUGUGAUAAGCAAGAUACCAACAAGGGAGCUUGGUCCAAGCAAGAAGACCAGAAACUCAUCGAUUACAUCCGAGACCAUGGGGAAGGUUGCUGGAGGUCUCUUCCUAAGGCUGCAGGCUUGCUUCGUUGCGGUAAAAGUUGUAGGCUGAGAUGGAUAAACUAUCUGAGGCCAGACCUGAAACGGGGCAACUUUGCUGAAGAUGAAGAGGACCUCAUCAUAAAGCUCCAUGCGCUCUUAGGCAACCGGUGGUCAUUAAUUGCUGGGAGGCUUCCGGGGCGUACAGACAAUGAGGUGAAGAACUAUUGGAAUUCCCAUCUAAGGAGAAAGCUGAUUAGUAUGGGUAUUGAUCCCAACAACCAUCGCUUGAAUCAUACCCUCCCUUCUCCAAUAUUCAAAAAGGUCUCUGGUAGUGACAUUUCAUCCGGUUCAAAGAACCAACAAGCAACUAAGCCGUGCCCACCGGAAAAGUCCCAUGGCGACGAAGAUCAGGUGUCUGACGGUAGAAGCUCCCUAGAGGAGGACACUUCAGCUUGUGCCUUGCCCGAUUUGAACCUUGAUCUUACCAUGAGUACUAUUCCAUCUUCACCGGUUGCUAUUACAGAAGAAAGACAGCAAAUUGCAGAUUCAAAUGUUAAAAAGGAAACUCAAACUGCCCCCUCCCCUACACUUGUUCUCUUUAGAUGAUUGAAUGCUUGGAUCUUGUAAGACUAGUGAAAAUUUGGGGAAAACUGGAGAUCAA